AUGGCGGGAAGCGAACGACCAGAAGAUGCAGCGCCGGGGCUGCCCGUGCAUUUGAUCGGUCAUUUGAGAGGCGUUGCAGAAAAGCACCUCCAGGUGAUUGAUGAAGAAAGACUGCAAGAAGAAAAGGAUGAAUUGAAGAGAAUCCAAGAUCUAGAGCACUAUGCGAAGCACAAGAAGCAGCGGAAGCAAGAGACGUCCAUUGCCUCCAUCGACGUGCCCGUCCUCAAGAUGAGAUCAGCUCAAGAUGUCCUAAAGCGACUGCAAUGGGAUGCUGAUCUCGAUGUGUCAAAAUAUGUCAUUGGAUAUCUAGAACGAUUCGCAGGAGUCAAGGAAAUACCCGCAACCAACUGGAUCUCUGAGGUUACCGAGGAGGAAUGGAUCCCCCAGCAUCGCAUCAAAUACUUCAAACGACUCUGUGACGACGGGGAGAGUGAAAUCGUCUGUGACCGUGAAAAGCGGAUUGACAAGAUCUUCGGUAGUGGCCUGAAAGUGAGCGAUUCGGAUAACGACGAGAAGGCGGAUAUUCUUUCCGAAGAUGGCGGUGUCAGUCUCUUACAACGAUAA